GGGAAUAGCAGAAGACAGGUAUUUUGACCUUAGGACGGGGGACGCUUUCUCUGCCCCAUUCGGGUGGUGUUGUCGUCGUAGGUUGCUUCCUUUCCUAUUCCUAUUAUUCAUCCCAACAUUUUCCCUUUCUCUCUUACCACCGUAACAUCCGCCCUUAUCCUCUUUCUUCUUCUUCUUCUUGGAUUCUUAGUAUUAUUGUUUUUGUUUUUCUUUUUUGAUAACAUUGUUUUUGUUAGUAUAAUAUAAUAUUGUUUGUAUCAUUAUGAUAUGAUUGUUUUCCGGGGAAGCUAACAACUACCUACGGCGACUGCGGCGUCCUCUUCCGCCUCCUCAUCAUUAUUCUCCGACGUAAUGCAUGUUAGUAUUGUUCCCAAAAUCUCAGGCAAUGUAUUGGUGGAGCGCCUUUUCCUCCGUCCGUUCCUCGUCCUCUUCCUCGUCCGCCAAGGUACAUUCCGAUGAUAGCAUGAUUGUGUCGCGGGGAGGGAGGGAUUCCCUGAAAGGGGCCUUCUUCUUUGGCCGCAGCCGUCGCCGCGCCUCUAAGCACCACCAUCAUCAGCUUACAGAGCAGCAGGAUAUAGAGUCUUGUGUUCCCGUUAGGAAGAGCUCUAGCUGCGAGAAUUCGCCGGCCAGGAUUUCUUCUCCCUCGCCCUCUCCCAUGCCUCUCCCGGUCCCGGAAUUGCAAACUUUCCUCCGCCAAGUCUCGCAUUCCGGCGCCGAUUCUUGCAGUAUUCCUCUGCCUUCGCCUGAGGAUUCUUUUCCUAAAGACAGAGACGUCAAGAGGGACAGACCUGAUUCUCAUCCUUCUGUCUGUUGCGAUGUGCAGGGCGAAGGUGCUCUCUCCCUGCAGAGGUUACUAAACCAAGCUGCACGAAAGAACACAGGAAAUCCUGAAUGUCAGGCUCGCAGGAAGUGCCCUGGAGAGCAGCCUAAUGGCACCAGAAGGACAGAAUUAAAGAUUCCUGCAACUAUUAGUGCUCCAUCUAGUCCUUAUGCAAGUCCUGCCCUCAGCCCUCUAAAUCAUCCCGGGGAUCAUUUCAGUCCAAAGUUCUAUGCCCCUCCUACCAUUUUCCAAGUUUGGUCUGCCCCCGAGAUGCCUCAUUCUAUAGACCAUGCUCUAGGCUUCCCUUGUCAGCUCUCACCCGAAAAAAUUGCAUUUAGCACUGAUAAUUCUCCUCACCAUAGUCCAAGAGUAAGAAGUCCUACACCCAGCACGAAAAGCCCAAGCCGCCCUGCAUCCCCUUCGCUGAACAUAUUACCUAACGAAACCUCAAUGUUGAGGCGUGACAGUGGCUCUCAGAGCAACGUCCACCCCUUGCCUCGCCCUCCAUCCGCUGCUGCACCAUCACAGCCUUCUCCUUCUCUGCCUGUUACUCCUAUGCAAGAAUUGAUGCCCAUCAAAGGCCAAUGGCAAAAGGGAAAGCUCAUUGGGCGCGGGACAUUUGGAAGUGUUUAUGUGGCUUCCAACAGAGAAACUGGAGCUUUAUGUGCAAUGAAAGAAGUUGAACUUUUACCAGAUGAUCCCAAAUCUGCUGAAUGUAUGAGGCAAUUGCAACAGGAAAUUAAAGUUCUUAGCAAUCUCAAACAUCCCAACAUAGUACAAUACUAUGGAAGUGAAAUAGCUGGUGACAGGUUUUACAUAUAUCUUGAAUAUGUUCAUCCCGGUUCUAUCAACAAGUUCAUUCGUGAUCAUUGUGGAGCAAUUACAGAAUCUGUUGUUCGUAAUUUCACCCGCCAUAUCCUCUGCGGGUUGGCUUACUUACAUGGAACAAAAACCAUACACAGGGAUAUCAAAGGGGCUAAUUUGCUUGUGGAUGCAUAUGGUGUCGUCAAGCUUGCUGACUUUGGGAUGUCUAAACACCUUUCUGGACAAGCAGGAUACCUUUCUUUCAAGGGAAGCCCGUAUUGGAUGGCCCCCGAGCUAAUGGUAUCGGGUACACAGGACAACUCUAAUUCCGACUAUGCUUUUGCUAUUGAUAUAUGGAGUUUGGGGUGUACUAUAAUUGAAAUGAUGAAUGGGAAACCUCCUUGGAGUGAGUAUGAAGGACCUGCAGCCAUGUUCAAGGUCCUAAAGGAAUCCCCUCCGAUCCCUGAUUUGCUAUCGCCCGAGGGAAAAGAUUUCUUGCAGUGUUGUUUCCGCAGAAAUCCAGCUGAGAGGCCGACGGCUAGCAUGUUGUUAGAGCAUCGCUUUGUGAAGAACUUGUAUCAGCAGCUAAGUCUUCCUCAAUGUGUCCGGCCACUGAAUGGGUUGAUGGGCGCGGCCUAACUCAACCACAUUAUUAUCCCAUCUCUCGCUUCGCCUCGUUCCACUCUCGAGACCAUUCCCACUUGGCCAAUUCAGCUGUUUUGCAGAUGAUUUGGGGGGGGGGGAUUUUUCAGAUUCAGAACUGCAAAGACUUUGGCAAAGGGAUCACCACUCAUUUUUGUUGGUGUGGUGUGGUUUUUUUUCCAGUGAGAGAUCACUGGAGAUGAUGUAUAUAUAUAUAUAAUAUAUAUACCUCACAGACCUCUGUCUGCACUUUGUAGGUAGGGUUGCAGCCAUAGGAAUUGAAGUUGGAGCAAUGUAUUAUAUAUGUAGGUUCUCUGUGCCUUUAGCAGAUUAGGUUUAUUUUCCAGGAUGCAAUUUCUCCAUUCCUGGAGAUCUUACACUGCUUUCUUUCUUAUUCUACAAUCUGAAUAUGCCCAAUCCAACUCAUCAAUAUAAUUCCACUUCUUCACCCAA